UACAUAUACUCGUAUGAUUACGAUGCAUUAUAUCAUUUAUCUAGUCGCAACAGGACAAGAAGUUUUCGAGAUAUGUAAAACUAUGUGAUGUCUGUCUGUCUGACCACUGUUGAUAAAUUAAAAGAGUCUUUUAACCCACUGUGUUAAGAUGAAACCUCUUGUUAUCUGAAAAAGCACUGGAAAGUCCAACCCUUUAAUACAAAUACAUACUGUAUAUAGCCAUUGCACUUUCACUUUUAAUUUCAGAAGUACAAAGUACAAAAUAUUAUGAACAAGCUGGGCCAGUUUAUAAAGGGAGUUACAAGCCGAUGACGUUUUAAUAACCGGUGCUUUGUAUGACUUUGAUAACCCGGGUCAGAAGAGAGCGAGAUUAGGAGACAAAAGGAUACAGGCACCAUGGAAGAUCGUUUUAAAUAUUCCUGUCUGGAUUUCUUCAUGACUCUUUUUGGAGUCAUCAGUUUCUUCUUCGACCUGGGAGCAGAUAUCUGGACUGCAGUCGAGUUUUAUUUGGAAGGAGACUAUCACUGGCUCGGGGUGCAGCUAUCCCUGUUUUUUCUCUCCUCUGUUUUGGUGCAUAUUUUCAGCUGGAUCUGGUUUAGGAACGACACGCUGGAGCCAGGCUUCAAAUCCGGGACAAGGACUGAAGGGUGGAUGGUAAAAUACGGAUUAGUUUUUCACAUAUUCCAGCUGGGUCUUCCACUGAGGUACAUGGUUGCCAUAGAGCUGGGGCACAUGGCUCUCAAGGGUGGCCAAUCAGGACACGCCAUUUACCGGACAUGUGACCUGAGCAUGCUGCGACUGUUUGAGACUUUCUCUGAAAGCACUCCUCAGCUCACCCUCAUGGUCUAUAUCGUCAUCCAGAACAACAAGGCAGAAAUCUUCCUGUGUGUCAAGAUCGCUCUCUGUCUCUUUGCCAUCACUGGAUCGGUUGUCGACUACCACCGCUCGCUGCGCUCCUUCCUGCCAGAGAAAAGCAAACUGCGCUGCAGGUCCUCCAUCGUCUACUUCCUGUGGAACCUGCUGCUGAUCGCUCCGCGUGUGGGCGCUGUGGCCCUCUUCACCUCCGUCUUCCCCCCUUACAUCGCACUGCACUUCCUGCUGCUGUGGGCAGCCCUGCUCUUCUGGGCCUGGGCCCAGCACACUGACUUCAUGGAUAGCGGGCCGGGAGAGUGGCUCUAUCGCGCCAUGGUGGCCCUCAUCUGGUACUUCAGCUGGUUCAACGUGGCGGAGGGCAAGACAAUGGGGAGGAGCCUCAUCUACCACACCUUCAUGGCAGUAGACAGCAGCAUUCUCCUGGGGACGUGGUAUUGGUACAGGGACCCCAUUGUGACAGACCACUACGUGCUGCCUCUGCUGCUAGCUCUGCUCGCCUCCUACCUGUUGGGGUUACUGCUCAAAACCAUAUACUACAAGCUCUUCCAUCCUAAAAUCUGGCAGCCACUGCCAGAAUCAGAGGAAAGUAACUUACAGAUGCGUUCUCUUUCCAUCUCAGAAUCGAGCGAUAGUCAUGAUAUACAUGUCGAUUUUCGGUCCGGACCGACUGUUUAUCCCUCUACAGUUGUGGUCAACAAGCGGAUGAGGACCCUCGCCAAUAACUUUUACUCUUCUGCAUCUACACCCCGUAAUUUAACCAUGAAUGGGAUUGAAAUGGACAGCCUUGUUUAAUACUAUGCCAGGUACUUUAUGACCUGGUUUUGAUCGCAUCAAGGGUUACCUUAUGUGACGGAUUUUAGUACUCAUGAAAAGUGUAUUAAGUGUAUUGGCAGCAGUGGAGUUUAAAGUCCUCUCUACUUAUCCACAAAGCAAAGAUACGUACACAGUAGGUUACCCCGCCCUCACAGGGCAGUGGUUUUCAACCCCAGUCCACGGGGGACCCAUGUCUUCUGGUUUGCAUUCCAACUGAGCUCUCAAUCACUUAACUUAACCCUUAAUUGAAAUAAUAAUUAGGUUAAUUAGACCUUUUUUAAUUGUUCACCGCUCCUAAACAAUUGGAGAUUUCAACUUAACUAUAAAAUGUUAUAAAUAACUUGAGAUCUGCAAUUUUUUAGAAGCGGAGAACAAUUAAAAAGGCCCAGUUAAGCUAAUUAUUAGUUCAAUUAAAGG